CAUUUCAGCCAUAUUCCCAUUGCCAAACAACCCUGGCUCCGCUGUGGCAGUGGCGAGCUGCAGGCCUGCACAUUCUUUUCCCUUGUAUGGGUAAAUGCCUGAGCAGGGCUGGCUCUGUUUGGGACAGCCGGGCAAGGCGAUUGGCCAAUGGAGGAGUGGGAUGGGCCGGUUGAAGACUUUCUUUAAACAAACUUUUCAGUGGGACUGCCUGCUUCCCUUCCAACUAAGCACUGAGACCCAGACAGAAGGCCUCAGAGAACUCCCCAAAACAACUACAAUUCACCUGAAGCCAAGGCCCAUCCAACCACCAUCAUGUCGAGCAAACGUGCAAAGGGGAAGACCACCAAGAAGCGGCCCCAGAGGGCCACGUCCAACGUGUUCGCCAUGUUCGACCAGUCUCAGAUCCAGGAGUUCAAGGAGGCCUUCAACAUGAUCGACCAGAACCGAGACGGCUUCAUCGACAAGGAGGAUCUUCAUGACAUGCUGGCCUCACUGGGUAAGAACCCGUCAGAUGAGUACCUGGAGGGGAUGAUGGCGGAGGCGCCGGGGCCCAUCAACUUCACCAUGUUUCUCACCAUGUUCGGAGAGCGCCUCAACGGCACCGACCCCGAGGACGUUAUCCGCAACGCCUUCGCCUGCUUCGACGAGGAGGGUUCUGGAGUGCUCCACGAGGACCACCUGCGAGAGUUACUGACCACAAUGGGCGACCGUUUCACUGAUGAGGAAGUGGACGAGCUGUUCCGUGAGGCGCCUAUCGACACGAAGGGCAACUUCAACUACGCCGAGUUCACCCGCAUCCUCAAACACGGAGCUAAGGACAAGGACGACAUGUAGGGAGAGACAACUGCUUUGCGGCCCACACACAGUGCUUUUUUUUAGAUGGAAUGGACUUCUCUUUUAUAGUCAAUGGUGAUUAUCCAUUGAGGAGUGUAUCUCAAUAAGUCUGUAGUGGCUUCCUCUCUGUAUCCUUUCUGAGAUUCCCAGUGAUCUGAAUAUUGCUUUACUCUAAUCCAUUCCAGGAAAGGUGACAAGGUGAAAGGAAGCAAUAUUAGACUCUUGAGAUGCACUGAACGCCUUUUGUAUGUGUGCCCCACUCCCCCUAAAAAGCAUUCCACACUACAUACCAGCCAAGUACCUCUUCUUGCCUCACACCAGCACCACCUCUGUAAAGAACUGCACCUUCUAUCCAGGAGCUGUGUUGGAAAACCACAUUGUAAUGGACUCUUCUAUUCUAUUAAUGUAAUGUUUUUGACGGGUUGUAUGUUACCUUCAUUGCUUAAAUGCUUAUCAUUCCACCCUUCUUUCGUUGGACAUGUUUCCCAGUGCUAGUCAUAUCUCCUUGUCAUCUGGUCAGGUCUAUUCUAACUCUGCCUGCAUUGAUGCACCACAACCUCAUUCAAGAUAAAACACUCAACAUGAAGGGUCAGACCUGUACACGAAAGCGAGGGAUGAUGUCGUGAAGAAAGUCAGCCUUUUGAAAUUGUUUACUCGUUGCUCUUUCAUAAGAGAGAACAGAAGGAAGAGGUUGGGCUUGGUUGUGUUCGGGUAUAAUCAUGUUUGGGUUGAAUUAUUGUUAAAGGAAAAUGAUCAUGCCUGUAUAGGACUAACGAAGGACCCUGAAGUGACAUUCCACUGUGUCCUUUAUUCCAGAUGAGUAAUUUCAAUGUCCUGCUGCAUUCAGUGCAGCAUUCAAUACCUUUUAAUAUUCUAUCAGAGAAAAUAAAAUAUAAACUGAUAUUC